AACCGGUGCGCCGUGUGUCGGUGCAGAGGAACCCCGCGGAAAGCUCCCCGGUGUCAGACGUCAUACGACAUCCGGUUAGCGCCGUCAGAAUAAAAGCACCCGGAAGUACUGCAGCCGUCAUGUCAGAGGAGCUCCUGUGAACCAGCGGCUGAGGAGGAGAAACAAGAACCCAGAACACCUGCACACGCCUCUCACGCACGACCAGAACUCGGUGAGGAGCAGCGGACCAAACACACGUCUGUGUCGCCGUCUCCAUCAGCGGCUCGUUGCAGGAUAUCCUGCAGGAGAUGGACUCGGUGUGGACCACCACGGUUCUCCUGGUUCCGUGUGUCGUCGUGCUCACAGCUGGACUGUUCUACCUCUACAGCUCCAUCAAGGCUCUGCUGUCCAAAACGUCGGUCCGCAACAAAGUGGUGGUGGUGACCGACGCGAUAUCCGGGCUCGGAAAAGAAUGUGCGGCUGUGUUCCACAGAGGAGGAGCGAGGCUGAUCCUCUGUGGGAAGAGUUGGGAGGAGCUUGAAAAACUCGCCGAUGAUCUGGCGAACGCCUCCGACCCAACUGUGACGUUCCCCCCCAAGCUGGUGCUGCUGGAGUUCGGGGACCUGGACAGCAUGCCGGAGGUGGUCUCUGAGAUCCUGGAGUGUUACGGCUGCCUGGACGUCCUCCUCUUCAACAGUAGCCUGAAGGUCAAAGCUCCGGCUCAGAGCUCGUCUCUGGAGAUGGACAAGAUGCUGAUGGACAACAACUACUUCGGCCCGGCCACGCUGGCCAAAGGUUUGCUGCCCUCCAUGAUGUCCAGGAGAACCGGUCACCUGCUGCUGGUCAACAGCAUCCAGGGGAAGCUCGCCGUGCCUUUCCGCACAGCGUACUCCGCCUCUAAACAUGCCGUCCAGGCGUUCUUCGACUGCCUGCGGGCCGAGGUGGAGGAGUACGGCAUCUCCGUUAGCACCAUCAACCACACCUUCAUCGGCCGCUCGGCGGACCGCACCGAGGCCUCCGGGGCCUCCGGGUCCUUCUGGUCGUUGUUGUACACGAGGAAGCCUCUCGGCGUGUCUCCGGACGAGGCCGCCAGCGAGAUCGUGAAGACUCUGAGCAGCAGGAGGAACGAGGUGGUCAUCGCGUCCUCGCUGCCGAAGGUGGCGCUCUACGCUAGGUCGCUCUUCCCCGACGCGCUCUUCGCAGUCAUGGCCGCCGGAGUGAAGAAGAGCGCGUAGCUCUGGAAUAAAGGAGAUGUGUGGUGUUGUUUUCACCCAAUACAUAAUCAAUAUAACUUCCAUAUAUCAAUAUGUCUGUCCUGUUGUGAUGCAAACUCCCAUAUGACGUUUAAACCAUAUUCACAUUCAGGUCAUUAUGAAGAGCAUUUUGUGAGUGUGGCCUUAGAAUAGAAAUUAAAAAAACAUUUAUGUGUAUAAACUCUUGUCAUGUAAAAGUAAUUUAAUUUUAAUGCAUUCUAUUAUUAUUUCAAUAAAAUGUUCCAACGG